GCUCAGUAUGAAAACGUAGCGAGCAUCACUAGCCAGUGCGGGAAUCCAAGAUGACAUAUCCCUACCUGCUGGCUGUGUUGGCGUGGGUGGCAGCGGGCACCGUAGCCAGUGGCACUCCGCGAAUCCUGGAGGCUUCUUUCGUCAGCCAAGUCAACAGUGCCAGUGCCAGCGCUUUCACGGAGGUACUGGCAACCCAUUCUUCGGCGACGUCCCCUAGUAAGAGGAAUUCUUCGGAUUCUGCAUCGGAACGAGACGCGCCCCACACCUACAAGCGUGGUGCCCCUGAGCCAAGCGACCUGUCUCUCGUUGGCAGUGCCAGCCCAGGGCCAGGCGAGGUAAAAGUGGUCAAACGCUCAGCUCCGUCUCAGCCCUUAGUUCGUUAUCUGCCACAGAAUCUUGUUACCGUGCUGGAGAGAGCGUGUACAUCUACCCUCCACGGUCACUGA